AUGGCGUUUCCAAAGCUGCGUCAACAAGUUUUUUUCAUUAUGAUAACUGUGUUUCUAAUUCAAGAAAUGUUUGUCAUUCAAUGUGCGAAUGCAAACAAUGUGGAUUUGAUGCUAAAUCAACAACGAUUACAAAAUGGCGAACAAGAAUUUCAAAAACUUCGCUCGCGAGCAAUACAUGGCCAAUGUUGGGAGGACGCAAUAUCAAGACUUCAAGAAAGCUGCAAACAACUGACAGACAUCGAACAGAGUCGACUAGCGGUUGCAUUUUCAAACUGCCAUUUUGAGAAGUCCGGUCUUAUGACUUAUCCAUGUAGUGAAGAGGAUUCGAUACAAGAAUGUACCGUCGAAAUGGCUAAAAGUGUUUUAGCCUUUAACACGUACACCGAGUUUUACACUCAUACCUACGAUAUUUGCUUUUAUCUACAAAGUAAAGUUUGGCAACAAAAAACGCAAAAUACAAUACGUAAACUAUCAAGCACUUCUAAAGAGGUUGCCAGUCAAUUAGAAGAUUCGUUGAAUAAUCAACGUCAAGUGUUGAAAGGACAAAAAAGCUCAUUAGAAAAUCAACAGGAAAUGCUUAAGAAUGAAGUGUAUCUGAAGAACGCUUUGAAAAAGUCUGCAGAUAGUGCAAAGGAGGCUUUUCAUGAUAUGAAAACGGCAACCACCCAGCAGAAAGCUUUAUUAAUGGAAACUUUUGACAGCCUUUUUAAAGGUGUUGAUAGAAUAACCAAGCUACAGUCGAUGCUUCUAGGGGAGUUCAUGACUUUGCAUUCUCUAGGUUUCUAUUUGGUGUCAAUUUUAGCUUGCUACAUUAUCACAAGUGCCCCACGAACAUCUGCUGCGAGAUUGUGGCUCUUUGGAGCCCUUUCGAUGCAUAUAGUUUUCGAAAGAUUGAUUAUUCGUUGGAAUUUAACGGAUAAAGAAUCACAGGAGUCUGGUACUACCGCGGAAGCAAUUCAUGGUUAUCUUUGGAUAUUAAGGAAGAUAUUCGUUUUCGAAUGCUUUCUUAUUUUGGUUUAUUUUGCAACUAAUUACUGCGAUUAUGCACAAGUAAAUUACAUUAUGCUGAGAGAUAUUCAAACCGAAUUGAAUAAAAUGAAGAACAAAGGAAUGGAAAUUGGAAAAAGUCUAACGAAUGGCAUUGAUAAAUUCGGUGUAACCAAAAGCAGCGUGGUGAAAUAUUCUGCUAUAGAUUAUCCAGAUUUUUCAUUACAAUUACCAAACGAAUCUUACAUGUCUGAAGAAGAAACAUACACUGACGACUGCACCUCAGACAGUGAAGAUAGUGCAUCUGAUUCUGAAGAUCCCACAUUUAUGUUCGAUGCGAUCUUAGUGGAUGAAAACACCUCGAUUUCCAGCAACAAUAACGACUCAAAUAUUCAAAAUAAAUCACGUGUGUAUAAUUUGCGACCUAGAAGUGCUAUGACUAACUUCAAUGAUGUAAGUAAUAUGCUCCCCAAUCCCAAAACGUUUUCCGACCUUAUAUUUCAUCUUACACGAAGUAAUGAUAUUCGUCCUUCCAAAAUCUCAAGAUGCAAUGAGCUAAUAAAAAAUUCAGCGUUCAGUUGCGACGAAGAUGAAACAGUAUAG